GCGACAUGCUGUCCUGACUCCUCCUUGUCCUCACCCGCCACCAGGCCGCCUCCAUCCCCCUCACUGCUGUAUCCACGUCUCAAGCAUAUCCUACCUCCUACCUCACGCUAUCGAGGUGACUGUUGUGCAAGGGGAUCACGUCGUGCCGACUCACAUAGCCACCCAACCCAGCAUGCCACCAUCGACCCAUACAGUCACGCAGUCCUCACAUCGCCGCUCAACAGCCAGUGCAAGACAGCGGGAGAACAGGUCGCAUCUUACGCAUACCGGCAGCAUGCGGAGGCGCAAGUCACGUUCGCCGGAUGCGCGUAUUCUAGAGGAAAUCCCAGCCGUACUCAUGACUACUUCUGAGUCAGGCAGUCAGCGGAGGAAGAGAAAGAGCAUCUCGUCUGCCCCAUCUAUCAGUGAGCUUGUGACACAAUCCUCCAUUGACGAAGUUCCGCAAGAACGCGGGCGCCGAGGCAAGGCGAAGGCCAGGGUGCAGUCUUUCGCAGAGGAUGGGGACGCCUACAUUCUGAGAGAACAUGCUACGGCAAGCAACAGUAUCAGAAGCAAGAAGAAAGAGAGGUCAAAGUCACGGGAAAUCCACUCUCGUGGUGCACGUACAGCCACCCCCGGUCCUGCGGAAGAUGGAGACGUUGGGAUACCUGUGGCGACGUAUGAUAGUUCUGAGCUUGUCCGUUUGAAGUGCGAGAUUGAGAGUCUUCGGAAGCAAUUACACAUGUCAAAGAAGACUAUCAACAAGCAAAGCAAGGUCAUUGAUGAAUUGAGAUCGGAAGUCGCGAAUUCAGCGAAGUCACAGAAAGAGCAGACGAAGGAGUUAGACAAGCUGAAGGGACAAUCGAAGAAGUCCGAAGAACUUGUUUCCAAUUUCGAAACAAACCUCUCAUGUCAGAUCUGCAUGGAACUCAUCGCGAAACCGCACGGUCUCUCACCAUGCGGCCAUGUGCUAUGCCAGACCUGUCUACAAGAAUGGUUCCGCUCAGCACCCGCAGGCGAAGACGAGAUGAUCGAUGAAGACGAGCCGGACGCACUUCUCUACCGCAAGAAGACCUGCCCAUGCUGUCGCACCGUAGUCACCAGCCGUCCCAUACCUCUGUUCCUCGUGAAAUCCCUGACCUCAGCGUUGGAGAAGGCCAAGGCACAGCCCGGUGUUCCACGUCGUCCGACGCCACCACCGGAUGAUGAUCCUUGGGAGGGCAUCUUUGCUGACCCGGAUGACCCUGACAACUUCUGGCCCAUGGACGAAGACGAUGACGAGGAUGAUUUCGACGACGAAUACGACGACGACGACGAUGACUGGCCGUUCGAUGGAUACGGCACUGCCGAUGACGACGAACAUUACGAUGGCCCCUACGAGCGACCGCGCUGGGAGCCACCCUCGGUUAAUGCGACCCUCGACGACUACCCGUUCGACGAUGUCAACGAUAAUGACCUCCGCAUGCUCCGCCGCGGGGCCACCCUCCAGAUGAUCGACAUGUUCCGGAUGUCGUAUACCCACCAGCAUGGCCUCUGCGCGCGAGUAGACGACCACAACACAGUCUACCUCGGCUGGAACAUACGUCUGCACGACGACGAUGAGUCGGGGGAAGGCUACAUCGACUGGAUCACCUCGGACAUGCAGUUUCAUCCCGAGAGGUGGGAUGUCAGGGAGGAGAGGAACGGUAGUUGGACAGCGUGGCAGUUGGCACCCGAGGGCGAGGGUGACCAAGACUACGAGACGACUGAUUCGGAGGCGUGGUCCGCAGAUCUCGCUGACGAUGAAGACUUCUGAUGCUGGUAUCUCAGUCAUUUACAUGGGAUUGUCAGACGAGAGGGCUCCUCCGGACGUGUUCAACCCGCCGGGAUCUUUCACAAUUAUCCUUGUAACACACUUAUUUUAUCUCUAUGCA